AUGGCGUGUCAUGGUGGCUCACGUAUCGGGCUUUUAGCCCGGAGAAUAUGGCCUGCAAGAAUAUGUAUGCGAACCAUUAAAACGCAUGCCAAGGAUCCGUUUGAGUCGUUGGGGCUCCCAAGCAAUUUGUGUCAGCAGCUUCAUGCAGCGCUCCCACAUAUUUCGACUCCCACACCCGUGCAGGCUGCCUUGAUUCCUGCUAUGCUGUCGCCCCGCGAUGUCAUUUUGCGUGCGCAUACUGGAUCAGGGAAGAGUUUCGCCGUUCUGUUAUCCCUUCUUGCUCGUCCUCGCUUGCUAUUCAAGGAUCGAUCAGACGCCACACCAGGUAUAUCUGCCCUUGUGCUCGUGCCAUCCAAUGAAUUGGCUUACCAGUACAUGCGCUGGGCUCGUGAACUGAUGCCAGCCGAGCUAGGUGCACAUAUGGAUGCCGUGAUUCAGUGCAUGGUUCGCGGUGAUGCCGCCUUGUCCUCGAUCGAGGCCCAAUCCGAGCGGCUGCGCCGAACGCCUCCACAUAUUCUUGUGGGCACACCGGCUCGGAUCGAGGAGUGUUUGGCGUCGGGACCGCAAGGUGCGCAUCUCUUGGGCGUCUAUACCUGGCGGACCCUCGUGUUAGACGAGGCAGAUGCUUUGCUUCGUCUGCCUGGUCGCUUCCCCAGUGCCAAGCAGCGCUGGAAACAUCUUGUGCAUCCGUCGCCCGGCCUGCAUGUGCUAGAUACCAUUAUGCGUGCACGAGCAACGUAUUCGGGUGGCGAGCGCAUCCUGUCGGCAGGACUAGAACGGCAUGCACCUCUACAUGGCGGCGACAAACGUCCACCCGAGCCGAUCCGGCGCACGCAGUACCGUGGCGCGGAAAAGACGACCGAGCUGGCUCGGCCGAUGGAGCGCACGAAAGACGAUGUGCCCCUGCAGCUCGUAUGCACGAGUGCUACGGCGAAUGCCGUACUCCGGCACUUUUUCGGAGCGCGAACAGGAUGGCUGCGUACGAACACGCGCGAGACGCGUCAUACGGCGCAAUGGAUCGACAUGACGGGUAUGAGCGGUCGUAUCAGUGCUGUUGACGCGCCCAAGGCUGGUGUCAUGCCGCGGGAAAUCUCGCAUGUGUGUUUGGUGGUGCACGAUGUGCACGGUGUUCCGCAGUGGAGUGAUCUAGACACCGCGCCGAAUAAGGAACACCGACACGAUGCGCGCAUGCCGGACGUAGCGUCAGACGCCACGCCCCUGUUGCCUGAGCAUGCCGUCGAUACCCUGUUGCUGGAGUCGCUAGCCUACGUGUAUGCGUACGAAGGCGUGCGGCAUGGCCUCGCCCUCAUACCUGCUCGCUGGAGCGUUCGUCGUGUGCACGAUGAACUGGCGUCGCUGGGCGUACCGGUGCGCAUUGUGACGCCUGGCGAGGCGCCUGCGUCACCCGACGAAGAAGUGCUGUACCUGCUGCAGAGCACAAGUGCCCGCGGCCUGGACCUGCCAGGUCUAUCGCACGUGUUUCUCGUGGGCAUCCAUGCGGUUCAGGAUGCUAUACACUAUACACACGUGGCCGGGCGUGUCGCACGGAUUCACGCAUCGGGGCCCAGACCGCCUGGCCAAGUGGUCACACUGCUGCGGGCACAUGCGCCGAGUGAACACAAGAUGGCGCGGAUGUAUGCGCGUGUUGGCGUCGAGGUGAGGGCCAUGAAGCCGCGCACACCCUAA